GUGAGAAGAGAAAAGGUCACAUGAUUUCAGCGGGUGAUGUCGAGUUCCCGCGGGAGUACCACACGCUGGCGGACCGCGGCCGCGGCGCCCGGCGUUUCAACGACAACGCCGCCAACGGGGGCUUCUCCUGCUCGUCUCUGGACCGGCGAGGCAACGCCCGGAGUCUGGAGGCCCUAAGCACCUCCCACACGGCCGAGGCGGAGCGCCAACGCCAUGGCCUCCUGGACAAGCACAAAGUACCCAGCAGCCCUUGCAGUGCGCCCGCCUCCCAGCUCUCCACCCCUGCCAGACAGCAGCAACAACCAAACUACUGGAGUUUCAAGUCCCGCACGCCCCGCCUCGCGCGCCCCAACACCGCCCAGCCCACGCCGGGCCACCAGGCCAGCCGGACGCCCCUAGUGACGGCCAGGAGCCAGGAGACCAUGUCGGAGGGGGACGUCCCCCUGGGGUUCAACCGCAUGAACCGCCUGAGGCAGAGCCUGCCCCUGGCCCGCUCCUCCAGCCAGGCCAAGCUCCGGGCCCCAGGCGUCCUGUUCCUCCAGCUGGGGGAGGAGACCCGGCGGGUCCACCUGACCCAUGAGCUCACCUCCCUGGACACACUGAGGGCUCUCAUCGUGCACAUGUUCCCCCAGAGGCUCACUAUGGCCAUGCUGAGGUGUCCCAGCACGGCGCUGCUCAUCAAGGACGAGACGCGGAACGUGUUCUACGAGCUGGAGGACCCGCGCGACGUCCAGGACCGCUGCGUCAUCAAGAUCUACUGCAAGGAGCCCGUCUACGGCUCCUACCAGGCCAGCCCCCACAUCUCCAACGGGGACAUAAGGAGGGAGAUGGUGUACGCCCCUCAAGACUCUCCGCCCGGCCGCCGGCUAAGCACCGCCCCCAUCUCCGCCCCACACACUAACCCCGCCUCCGCCUCCCCCCCGCAGGGCUCCCCGGCCCGGGCCCGCCUCCUGUACAGCAGCGGGGGAGGGGGAGGGGGGAACCGCCCCUCCUCCUACGCGGGCCCCGCCCACCACCACACCCACUCGCUGCCUCACCCCCACGCCCCCCACUCCCACUCCCACCACGCCUCCCCCCUCCACCCCCAGCCCGCCUUCUGCCCCUCCCCCAGCGCCAUCCUGGAGCGCCGCGACGUCAAGCCCGACGAGGAGGUGGGCGGCGGCUCCCGGGGCAUGAUGCUCCUGCGGGGGGAGGAGCGAGGAGGAGGAGGGGGCGGAGCCAUCUACGCAGACCCCUACUCCCUGGGGCCCGACCCUGGCCGCCUCGGCCACGCAGGGAACCCGCACUCGCAACUUCCUGUGGUGCGGGCCGACCCGUACGGCUCGCUGUACCGCCGGGGGGGAGGGGGAGGGGGGGGCGGCCCCCCCGCCGGCUCGGUGCGCUCCCUCACCUCCUACUCGGCGGCGGCGCUGCAGGGGGAGCUGAUGGAGAGCGCCCUCUACAGGCCGGGAGGCCCGCUGUACGGCGACACCUACGCCGCCUCCAUGCUGGCGGCGGGCUUCCGGGUCCCGCCCCCCGCCUCGCCGCAGAAGAUGCCCGACCUCAGGGAGCCGUACGGGGGGGGCACGCUGCCGGGCCGGGGGUCCCCGGGCCGCCAGGGUCUGCGGAGGGGGGAGGCCCCGCCCAGCUCGGGCGGCGUGUUCGACCAGGGCUCCAAGGUCAGGGGCCCGGGGCUGAGCCUGGGGCCCGGGUUGAGUCUGGGACCCGAGCAGCUGUGUCUGAUGGGGGGCCCCGGGGGAGACGCGGGGGGGCCCGGCGCCUUCAGCUCCCCGCUGCUGCGCACCGAGACGGAGACCAGGGAGCGUAUGGAGGUGAUGGAGAAGCAGAUUGCCAGCCUGACUGGACUGUUGAAGAGCGUUCUGAGCAGAGGACCCGAUCAGGAGAGCAAGGAGAAGGUGGAGACGGCCAGCGAGGACUCUGCGGCUGACGCUGGACGAUCAAAAAUAAAGAAAGCUCAGACACCCUCGGCUCCCCUGGCCCUGAUGCCGCCCCCACCCUCCGGAGCCAACCAGCCAAUCACUGUGUCCCGGCUGCAAAUGCAGCUCCACCUGCAGGGCCUGCAGCAGAACACCAGCUCCCUGCGCAAGCAGCUCUCCCAGCUGCGCCACAUCCAGCUGGAGAACCAGGACGAGGUUCUGUCCUUGCUGAGGCAGACGGAGUCGGAGCUGAGCCUCAUGAUGCUGGAGGCCAUGCGCACCCAGGAGGACCCGCUGCAGAGACAGCGCCUCCUGGUGGAGGAGGAAAGGCUCAAGUACCUCAACCAGCAAGAGCUCCUCAUCCAGCAGCUGCAUGAUCUGGAACGGUCCGUAGAGGGGCUCCAGAAGAACCUGUCUGUGAACAAGGGCCUGGUGACGGAGCAGGAGGUGGAGAAGAAGAGCAUGGAGCUCCGGAGGCUGGGCGAGACCCUCACAGAGCUCAAGAACCAGUUCCCCAGCCUGCAGAGCAAGAUGCGGGUGGUGCUUCGAGUGGAGGUGGAGGCGGUGAAGUUCCUGAAGGAGGAGCCUCACAGGCUGGACGCGCUGCUGAAGAGAUGUAGCAGCAUGACCGAUACACUGUCCUCGCUGCGCAGUGUGUUGUAUCCCCACUGUACGUACAGACAGGUGAGCGACGGCGUGUGGAAGGGUCCCGACAGCCUCUCCAAGAGGUCGGAGGUCGCGGGCCAGGGUCCUGACCUGGACAUCCUCAACAGCCCGCCCCUGAGCCUGAGCGACCUGAGCGGCGGCGGCGGUGUCGGGGGGCUGGCCAACUGGAUGCCCGGGCUGGGGGGCGAGGCGGACAGGUCCGGUCCGGACCAGGACCCCCUGAUGAGCUUCAGGGCCCGGGUCCUGGAAGAGCUGCCCACCCGCCGGCCGGGGGACAAGAGCGUCUCGGCCGAAGUCCGUCUGGCAGCAGAGCGUGACUGGGAGGAGAAGCGGGCCAGCCUCACCCAGUUCAGCGCCCAGGACAUCAACCGGCUGCUGGAGGAGACCCAGGCCGAGCUGCUCAAGGCCCUGCCCGACCUGGAGCUGGCCGCCAGGCACGUCUCCAAGCCCGUGGUGCCCCCCAAGCCCCACAUCACCAUGGCGAUGACCUCCAACUCGGCCACGCCCACGGCUCAGGCCCCGCCCCCCAAUGCACAGGCGGCGUCCCCCGGCGGCGGGGGCGGGGACUCCGGGCCCGGCAAGGUGCAGCUCGCCGCCCAGAAGCUCAACAACAUGGAGGGCACGGGCUCCCGCCGCGGCUCCACUGAGCUGACCGUAGGACGCUACCGAACAGAGAAGCCCUCCAAGUCUCCGCCCCCCCCCCCCCCUCGCCGCAGCUUCCCGUCGGCCCACGGGAUAACAACCAAUCGCACCGGAGAACUCAUCCUCACCCCUAAGACGGCCAAGGAAGAGGAGGAGCCUAUCAAAGCGGUGGUGAAGCUACGGCGAGCGCCCUCCGACGCCCCUCGCCCAGCCUCCACCCCGCCGGUCAUCUCCGCCUCCGGAGUCCAAGACGAGGAUGACGAGGAGAGGAUCCUCGCUGAGCUGGAGAAUGCUAGUAUGGCCCCGGGGCCAGCAAAGGGCCCCCAGCCCACCGUGGCUGCCCGCCUCAAGAACCUCCAGCAGGGGAGCCUGGAGCGACCCAACAAGACCCGCAAGCAGAAGGAGGACUUCUCCUCAAAGAGCCCCGGGCAGCAGCAGGUAUUCCACUUCUGAGACAACAGUACCACCGCCUGGACUUACCGUCUGGCCCGCCUCCUCCAGACUUCCCCAGGAAACAAGUGACAAAAACACACAGGAGACGCCUGCGGAAAAUGGCGACGAGGUGAAAAAAAAGAAGAAAAAGAUUCUCAAGAGCACUUAUCGAUGUGAGUUUUCGGUAUUUCAGUUACUGGAUCUAAAAACUAGCUUGCGUAGAGAACAAGUUUUGUUGUACAAUAAUGUCGGUGUCUUGCUUUUUCCCAGAGGAAGCUGUUGGUUGUGUUUGUGACAGAUUAAGCUAGCUGUACCACAAUAAGUAACUUUAGCGCAUCGUUUAACCUCCAGCGUCAGCCUAUAGCCUCUGAACUGGAAAACACAGCAAGUCAAACUAACGAUUAUCCAUAUCCACAUAAUACCUUCAUCCUCCUCCUCCUCCUCCUCCUCCUCCUCCUCCUCCCCAAUUAUAUCUAACACCAGUAGGUGGAAUCAACGGUGCUCGAUAGUUAAGAUGGUGGGUUUAUUUUCUACACAUAAACCGUUUUGAGCCCUAAUGGGGACUGGUUUAAUGAGGACCACAGCCUGAAGACAGCCCUGAUGUCUUUACCGUCUGUACAUGGCCUCUAUAGAAGGACUCCGAGAACACUCCACCAUAGAUUGUGUUAUAUCAAACAAAGUGUGUUUGAUCGAAAUCUAUGUUAAGGCGAACACGUGUUAAACAACAAUAUUAUACCAAAUAUUAGAGAAGAUCCAACAGAGAGAUGUGAUGCUUGAAUAGAUGUUGAGAGAAGAAUGAGGGAUGGACGGUUGAGCUUCAAGCAACACCGAUAGAAAGGGGGAGCGGUUCCAAUCCAUUCCAGGAUAUCAGCCAAAAUAAGUUGUGGGUCAAUAGUGGCAAUAAGAGUUUACAUCACGGCUUGAUGGCCAUCAUUCCCCCCCCAAAGUCAACUUAAUCAUCUAACACCCAGACUACCUUCCCACUGUCGGAUACAUCCCCUGGAAAAACCCACGCACACUUGGCUCCGACGUCCGAGAAGCACAACAUAACGCAUGAAAGUAGCCAAUGGGAACCCGUGACCUUGACGACCGACCCAAUUUAGAAUCCUAUGUCCAACAGAUGUUGCCAUCUGGUGAGCUGACUGUGAUCCGUAAAAGAUCGACCUGCCCAGAGCUAGCCCUCUGCUGGGAACAGGCUGGAGACCAAAUGAGACGGUACGAGCUUAUAAAGCCCACUCAGACCCUGCUCUCCCAAAAACCUCCUCCCGACCUCCUCCUCAGCUCCCCUAACCUGGUAUAUCGGGACACCCACCACCCUUCCAUCCAUCUAUCUAUGCAUCUUGGUUCCAUCCACCCAUGCAUCCACCCAUCCAUCCACCCAUGCAUCAACCCUAUCAAACCCAUCCACCCAUCUAGUGUAUCUGUAUUCUAUGAAAGCUGACGCAGUCUGUCAGGUCUCAGUGUCACUGCGUCGCGACAAACCCGCACGCCCUCUGUUUCUGUCCCUAGAAGCGUCUUCAGUCUUUGUGAAUCUCUCCGAGCAUGUCGGCUGUAGAGGCUAACGCCCAUGCCUAGCCAGUGUCCCCAGAGGCCGGAUCACGGAGCAAAAACACAGCUGGAGAACGUUUGCUCUGUCUCUGCUGAGCCCUCUAAGCCCCUGAGACUCUUUCAGACACUGUUGUGUGGGUCUGACAUCCUCGUGCAAAUGACUGUGUAACUGAGAUUAGCUGGUAGCACUGAGGCUACAAGUUAGAGCCUAGGUUGGCUGGAAAAACUGGGGCUAACUGUUAGCGCUGAUGUUCGCUGGUAGCACUGAGUCUAGUUGUUUAGCGCUGAGGUUAGCUGGAAGCACCGAUGAUAGCUGAAAACAAGGAGGCUAGCCGUAAGCACUGAGGAUAGCUGUCGGCUCUGAGGCUAGCUGUAAGCGCUGAGGCUAGCUGUUAGCUCUGAGGUUAGCUAGCACUGAGGUCAGUUAUCUGGUAAAUCUUAGCUGCAAAUUCUUCUCAUCUUCAACCCUCCCGCCCCUCCUCUCUGCACUGUCUAGCUUUCAAUACUCUUCCUCCCCCUUUAUCUUCCCUCCUCACCCUCUUCCUCUCCUCCUCCUCCUCCUCUGCUCUUCCUCCCUCUCUCUCUUCAUCUUCUGCACAUCCUCUCCUCCUCCUCCUCUCUAUCCUCUACUCGGCUUCAGAACUCUACUCAGUUUUAACUAUCCAUCUCCCAUACUCUUUCCUCCAUUAGCUAUAGAGAGGAAGAGAGAAGGGGGAGAGAGAGAGAGGUAGGGAGAGAGCUGAAUCAGGACAGAUAGCCUGUGGAAAUACUUUUGACAGCAGAGUCCCAAACAUAAAAGCAUCACUACAUUGUUCUGCUUAUAUAGUCUCUCUCUCCACAACGCACUUUCUCUCUCUCUCUUUUCUUUUUCUUUGUCUCGCUCUCUUUGUCGGUGUGUGUGUGUGUG